CGCCGCCCAGUUAGACGUGAGAGCAGAGAGAGGGAGGCCGGGAAAGCUCUUCCCCUGUCUCUGAGCCGGCAGAUCCGGGUCUUGUGGUCUAGACUGACGUGGUCAAUCGAAUCAAAACAGAAGGGGAAAGGUUCCGCAGGGCUGGUUCCUGGGGCUGAGCCGCGGCGGCUUCUGCCUGUCGAGCAGGCGUAGCGAGAAGGCGGCAGCGGCAGCAGGCGCGGCACCAGACUCCAGGGCAAGGUGUUCAGAGCCAACUGUAGGUUUCUACAGAUAGUCAUGGCAGAAGGUGGAUUUGAUCCCUGUGAAUGCAUUUGCUCGCAUGAACAUGCAAUGAGAAGGCUGAUCAAUCUGCUGAGGCAAUCCCAGUCAUACUGCACAGACACGGAAUGCCUUCAAGAAGUGCCAGGACCAAAUUCCUCUGGUGAUAACGGCAUCAGUAUUGCCAUGAUAAUGAUGGCCUGGGUGGUUAUCGCUCUUGUCUUGUUCUUGCUGAGACCAACUAAUCUAAGAGGAUCCAACAUGGCUGGAAAACCAGCCAGUCCACAUCAUGGACAAGAACCACCAGCCCCACCCGUGGAUUAGAUCUUGUAAUGCUGGAAAUGCUCGAGAGCUAAAACCUUGCAUGACCAAAUGAACGAAAGUGACCAGAGUACUAAAUCCCAUUCAAUACUAUUUUCCUUUUGCAUUUACAUAAAGCAGGAUGAUAUUAUUUUGGUAUGGAACAGCUAGGAGCUAUUUCACUUUUAAGUUAAUUCUUGAUUUAUAUAUUAUUGCCAUUCCUAGUAGGUGAUAUUUGAAUAAACAAUAAGGAACUGCAGGGGUGGAGCUUUGGUAGUUGUUUUACUGUGGACAUUCCAGUCAUUCUCUUUUUGUUACAAUGAUUACAAUAUAUAAUUUCUUUGCAGUGGUCUCUGGCAUAAUUCAAGGAAAAUUUAAAUCCUUGUGCAUUUAUAGUCAUUAAAAGUUAUUUUUCAGAUUAAUUCUCUUUUUUCCCUACAUAUUUUGGAAACUUAUUUGCAAACAUGAGUGUGAGUUUUGUGUAGAAAAAGUGAAAUUACUUUACUUUACCUUUACCCAGUGAUGAGCUGCCAAAAUCUUAACAACUGGUUCCCUCCUCGAAGGGGGUUGUGGCCCACCCCCGCCCCCCGUGACUCCUGCCCCAUCCAACCCUCCGCAUUCCUUGAUGCCCCCCCGGACCCCGCCCCAUCCACCCUCCUCCCCUGUUCCCUGACUGCCCCCAGAACCGGACAGGAGGAUCUCGUGGGCCACCGUAGUGGGUGAGGUGGGGAGUCCCAGCGGUACUUACCUGAGGCAGCUCCCAGGAAGCAUCAGCAGGUCCCUCUGGCUCCUAGGGGCAGGGUAGCAUAGCUGGGGGGGAGCAGAGGGAGCAGCUGCUCCCCUAACUGAUCACAUCAAAAGUGGCACCUAAGGCGCUGACUCCGUGGGUGCUCCGGGGCUGGAGCCCCCAUAGGAAGAAUUUGGUGGGUGCAGAGCACCCACUGGCAGCUCCCCGCCCUGCGCCCGGCCCCAGCUCACCUCGCCUCCACCUCCUCCCCUGAACACACCGCCCCGCUCUGCUUCUCCGACCCCCGGCUUCCCAUGAAUAAGCUGUUCGCGUGGGAAGCUGGGGGUGGGCUAAGAAGCAAGUGGCGGUUUCGCGCUCAGGCCCAGAGAGGUGGAGGCAGAGCGGAGGUGAGCUGGGCGGGGGCCACGAGGAGGGCCGCCCACGCCGCAGCAGGUAACCCGGGGCACAAGGGAACCUCUCCCCACCCCAGCUCGCCGCACCCCACCGAAUUUUUCCCCAUGGGUGCUCCAGCCCCGGAGCACCCACGGAGUCGGUGCCUAAGGUGCCACUUUUGGCCGGUUGUUAAAUUUAGAAGCCCUUUUAGAACCGGUUGUCCCUCGUGGGACAACCGGUUCUAAAAGGGCUUCUAAAUUUAACAACCGGUUCCAGCGAACCGGUGUGAACCGGCUCCAGCUCACCACUGCCUUUACCUUGCUGUUCAGAGCAGCUUUAACUCUUUGGACUGCCAAUAUAGUUUUUAGGGCUGUUGCAAAAGCAUGGAUCAUCUGCUGUAAUGAAUGUACAUCUAUGUGGGUGGGCAUGAAAAUGUGUCUGAAAAUUAUCACAAUCAAAAACGUGUCGUGUGUGUAAGGAAUUUACACAAAAGAUUAUCACCAAAAUGAAAUUAAAUACAUUCACCAAUAAGUGAGCUGUCUAAUUCAAUGUAUUUUUAAAGACAACUAAAACCUGGGCAACUAAAUAUUAAAUUCUAAAAGAGAAUUGUUUACAAACUUUACAAA